AUGAAAUUCGCUGCCCUGACACUUCUGGCCGUUCUGGCCAUCGGAACAACGGCCUUCGUGGUUCCCGAAAAACCGCUUGUCGCCAAAAUCGGUCAUGGACUUUUCUGUUUCCGUGCGAGGAAAUCGUUAGGGUAACUUUAUCAUACUUCUUACAGAUUUGAAAACUGAGAAAUCACAAACAGUUGUUUUCAAUGUCUUUUCUGUGCAAAUUUUCAUCCAUUAUCAUGAAUUUUUCUGCAACUUUUCAUCCAUUAUCGGAAAACUGUGUUCACAGGAACUCGUUAAGCUUAAAAAAAACCCAGAAAAAAGGGUUUCUGAUAAAAUUUAAUGAACGAAUAAUUCCUUCUCGGCGUAGUUAAUUAGUGCAAACUUCUAAAGCCUGUGUACCACGACUUGGAAUUUCACCGAACGACAUUCCGUUGUUCCGCUGCGCUCCUUUGCGAACCUUGGUCGCACUUUUAAUUUUUUUUCUUUUGGUAAGGUUCUCUACUUUCCCACAGCAAUAACAAUUAAUUGAAAGCGUGACCUAAAUUAGAAAGACGCUUCGCGAACGCACGCAGCGGAACAGCGGAAUGUCGUUCGGUGAAAUUUCAAGUCACGGGCUAUAAGGCAUGAAAAAACUAAAAAUUGGUUCUUUUUAUUGAAUUUUGCUUAUUCUACUUUUUUUUUGAUUUGAUAUUUGAUGGGACUGUAAACAGGUGGUAAAUGCGUUCACCAAGUUUUACCAAAAAUGGUGAAUGACUCAAAACUUGCUCUUGAAAAGUAAAAAUGAGUUUUUUUUUACAAUGUUUCGAUCUGGAUCAUCGGAACUUUUCGAACGUAUGUACUAUAUUACGCCUUGGCCCUUUUAUUAUUGUGUAAGUGAGUUUAAUAGCUUCUUGUAAUUGUUUUCUGAAUUCUCUAAAUUUUUUAGACCAUAUUUUGAGUGGAUCCCACCCCAAGGAGGGGCGAAAUGCGGCCUAUUUUAGUGCAUUUUUGAAUAUUUUUUGUUUCAGACUAACUGAGAACAUUUCCAGACCGGCGAGGACGUCGUCGACCUCGACCUGGACCAUUGGCUCGACGAAAACUUUCCGGUCGUCUGCGAGAAUGCUUUCAAGGAAGCCCGUAAGGAGUGCGAGAAGGAACUGAAGAAGGUUCUCUGUUGAAAUUUUCUAUAUUUUUCAAAAAUUCUUUUUUUUCCAAAAAUUUUUCAGAAAUUCAAAAAAAAUUGUUCCUUUUAGGGUGCCAAAGGUUCUAUUUUUGCUGCCUUUUUGCUCCAUUUUCUCAGCCCUUAUGCACCAUUUUUGCUGCCUCUCCUUAUUUCCACUAUUUCUUGAGCCUAUGAAAUCCCAAAAAAAAAAAUGGGAGGCUCGAUAAAGGGACCCUUUUUGCUGCCUUUCUGCGGCCUUUUUUGGGCCUGUUUGCUGCCUUUCUGCGGCCUUUUUUUUGGACUGUUUGCUGCCUUUUUUGGUCCUGUUUGCUGCCUUUCUACGGCCUUUUUUCAGCGGCCAUUAUCCGCUAAUCCCCUAGUUCCACUGUGUUUUUUUUUAAUCUGAGACACACUCUUGACUUUUUUGCUCCUUCACUCAAAGAACCAAUAGUAAGUUGCUCAUUACUCCUGAGGAAUUUAUUUUUUUAACUUCCCAAAAAAACUAUCUCAUUUUGAAAGCAUGUUAAUCAUCAUUCUACCAUUAAGAACUGUCUCUAACCGACCUAACGACUUUCAGGUGAAGAAGGACCUGAAGAAGCACAUCAAAGAGUGCGUCCCACCGAAGGAAGCCUGCAAAGACCUCGAUUUUUGCUAA